AAUACGAUUUUUCACGCUGUGCUGGAUUAUUCUGACACACACCUACGCGUUUGUUAACUAUUACAAUCUCAUGUAUACGCUGCGAGCUAUCGACUUUUUUCAAGAUUUUGCUUUCCAAGCUAUUGCGAAUUCAUUUCAUAUUUCCGACACAUUUUUCGUCAUUGGAGGUGCUGUUUCAUGUUAUGUGGUUGUAACUUACGUGAAAACAAAAGGACGCCCAUUCAACAUACCAAUGUACAUUAUUAACAGACUUACAAGGAUUCUUCCAGUUUACAUCUACUUUAUCCUCUUCAUUUUCCUGUUGGAACUCUUUGGUUCUGGUCCUUUUUGGAACGAUUUUGCUGCAUCACAAAUUCAAAACUGCUACAACAAAUGGUGGUACAAUUUAUUGUUCAUAAAUAAUCUCUAUGAUGCUGAAAGCAUGUGUGCUCAUCAUACUUGGUACUUGGCCUGCGAUUUUCAAUUUUACCUGGCAGCCAUAUUUAUCCUCCUCCCACUAAUAAAGCGUCCCAAAGUAGGCAUCUCAAUGAGUGUCUUCAUAAUCAUCGCAUCAUCCAUUGCUUGUGGUUACGUGACGUGGUUUUACGACUACCCGCCAACAGCCAUCUUAAACGGUCCAAAUUUCAUGUAA